CGGCAGGCUUCAAAACUUCUGUUUAUGUUUCUACAACCCAGGCUUUUACUUCAGUAACACCACGUCUCUCCUGCGUUACAGCGAGCCCUGCCUGAGACAGCGCGCUCAUCAUGUCAUCUCCAGCCGGGCUUCAGUAUUCCCAGGCAGAAUUCUUGGCUCGGUGGAUGCCAAGUAGCUCUAGAGCCGGAGUGAUCCUCAACCCCAGCCCGGACUUGGCCGGGACCUUGCGGCACAUCUCUGCUCUGGGAUCGCCGUCCCUGGAGCCAGACGACUCCUUCGUCUCCGACUUCGCCCCUCUGCCCGCGUCCGCAGACAGCAGCUGCCUCGGUGUGGAUGGAGUUGCACGGUCGCCUGGAGGAGAGAGGGCUGGGACUGACAGUGCAGUGAACGGUCUCUAUUCUGUCCCUACGAGAAAUCCUGAGGGACAGUUGGACAGCUUGGAUGAAAUGGCAAGCAAAUCACAGGAUCUGCCCCUAAUGAUGAAGCUACAACAGUUGAGGAAAUGGCAGCAACAUAUGCAAGAGCAACUUAAGGCCCAUCAGUUGGAGGAGCUGCUUCGCCUCCAGGAAGAGCAGCAGAGGCUGCUGGGAACGAUGAAUGGAUCCCAGCACUGCACAGGAGAUCACUCAGAGAGUUCAGGGCUGUCAGGAGAAGAAUGGGAGGAGAGCUCACUCCAGGGAGCCUCUCAUCACAGAGAAGGUCCACCCAGCCCCAUCAUAAGCUGCUUUAGGAUCCCACCGGGUCCUAACCUUCAACAGGAACAACAGCUCUCGCUGGCAGGGAGGUGGGAGCGGCUGUCAAGGGGUCAAAGUCAUGAGGAGGUGGACGACAAUGAAAAAGGCAUGUGGGACUCCAGAGAGGAUGACCAGGAACACAGCACUACUUCCACUUUUCAGGAGCAAAAUGACACAUUAAUACCAAGUAAUGGUAGAAAAGAAGAUAACAUCUCAAAUGAUAGACCGAUUAAGCCAGGCAUUGGAGGUCACACGCAGACGUUCGAGGAGCUGUUGGAGGAGCAACUGAGGCUGGAGGAGCAGAGGAUGAAGUCUGCCCGGCGACAACAGCCCCAAGAUGGAGCUGAAGCUGUACAAGCCCCUCCCAAACGGGCCUUUCUGAAGAGAGGCGAGGGGCUUUCUAGAUUUACCAACAAUCGCAAAACCUCUUUACCAAAAAAGGAGGUGAAGAAGGACUCUAAACCACAACCCCAGGCCAGAGUGGUCUCCCGCAGCAACUCAGAGCCUGCAGCUGUCCUGAAGGGUGGCACAAAUUGCGUCCAGCGGCUUCCUGUCCAGCGUAAAACUGUCGUACUUAACAAAGAGAAUCGACUGAGAGGUCUCAGUUCGCCACCUCAGGACAUCAGAGCUGACAGUAAGACAGCACGGACAAAGGUUUUGGGUAGUCAUCAAAGAGAGAAUAUGGAAGCAUCAGAGUCUAUCCAAACGGAGCCAGAGGGUAGACAAACCAAACAGUGUCAACUGGAGCAAGUGAAGGAACAGAAUAACAGGGCAGUGGGUCUGUCUGCUCUGACUCUGAGGAAACCUGGGCCUCACAACAUGCAGCCAAACCCUGUAACCAAACAGGUGGGGAUGUUGGGAGGCCCGGGUAAGGCUGAAAAUGAUGCAGCUAAAGAGAACAGUUGCGGUUCAAAAGUGGAAUCAGCAAAAGGAGAAGGAGUUCCACCGGACGCGUUUGAGUUGUCGUUCCAGGAGAAGCUCCAGCGCUGGGAGUGUGACCGGCAGCUGGAAAGCAUGGAGCUGGGAGAGUUUGAGCUACUGGAGCAGGCAGCCGAAGAACUGUCCUUCUCGUCCAACUCUUCCUUUGUCAUGAAGGUUCUUCAGAUGGACCAACAACACCGGCAGAUGCACGCCGCUCGGGGGCUCCACCAGCGACGGCUCUCCUCCACCCCCAUCAAGUCACCUCCCCGAGGUGUACUUCGGAGGUGCAGUAGUGUUGGCAGCAGUGGCGGUGUGGCAUGUGAAAGCAGUUCUGCGGUGAAGACAAGAGACGAUGCACUCAAGAACAAAGUGAGCUUUGAGGACAAAGAGGGACAUGACAGUGGGAGAGAAGACAAGCACGAGAGCUCUGAUGUUUCAUCCUGUGGUGGCUCUGAAUUCGAAGACCAGGAAGUGGCAGUGAAACCACUUUUGUUUCCCAGCGCCUUUAGCUUUCCUGAACAGUCUAACCCGCCAUACGACAAGCGUUCGUAUCAGGACGAGGACUGUUGUAGAGCUUCGGAUGUGACACAAGAUGAUGAUGGGGAGAGCGACAGCGUCCUCAGUAAUGCUGACGAGUCCACUCUGAUAGAGGACAAAGAUGGCCACCGGGGAAGACUUGUGUUUGACGACGACGACACGUGGAAUGACCUGGAGGAAACUCCAGUCGACUCCGCCAGUGACAGCGGAGGCGUCAGUCCAGUUUCUGAGGCAACAUCUAAUAGCAUCUCACCACCGGAGCAGACUUUGUUGAGGAAGGUGGCAGUGAGCAAAGUUGUGGAGCUGGACAAGGGCAAAGUCACUGGUCCAGCCAGUCUGGAACCAGAUCCUCCUCCAGCCUCCCAGCUCAUGACAAGGUUGUUCCCCUCGCUGAAGCCAAAGGCCCAGAAUGUACCUCCUCCUCCUCCUGCUGCCUGUGAGCCCAAAAACCCAGAGGAGGAGACAGGCCAGCAGGUCCAGUCUAGACAGCUGAGGGAGAGACUGGUGGAGCUGGAGAUUGAGAUCGAGAGAUUUAAGAAGGAGAACGCUGCCCUCUUAAAACUCAGACAGGAGAAUGAGAAAAACCAGGAAAACCUCAGGAAGGAACGUUUAGAGUUUGAGCAGAUGAAAGCAGAGGAGCUGGCCAAGUUUGAGGAGUACAAGAAAGAGGAAAACAAGAAGCUGUUGAAGGAGCGCAAACUGUUUGAGAAACAUGCAUCAGCCGCCAGAGCCAUUCCUGACAAGAAGGAACGAGAGGAAAUCCAGAUGUUGAAGCAGCAGCUGAGCUCCCUGCAGGAGGAGCUGAGGAGGAAGGAGAGCCGCUGGGGCUCCACACACAGUCGACAGCGGCAACAGAUCGACUCCCUCAACCAGGAGAACAGCUCCCUCCGGGACGAGAUCCGUACGUUGGAAAAGCUUCGCCUCAGUGCCUGGAAGAAAAACCCCGUCAGUGUAGAGAAGGACAAAGAAACAACAGAUGGUCCUAGAAUAUUUGCAAACAACGUUUCAUCGGUGACCAAAGGAGUGAAAUUUGCUAGUCCUCUUGAUUCUAGAGGAAGCAGCAGCGGUCCGUCACAGAGCAGCACUGCUGCAGCCAGUCGAAGGAGCUCAGCAGACAUCAGUCAGGGUGCUACAGGGAUGAAGAGCAGCCUGAGGAGGCCAUCAGGGCCGGGCACCUCUUCUUCAUCCUCCUCUACCUCCUCAUUGCCUGGCAGGAAGACAGAGGAGAGGUCAGCACCUGCCAGCAAGAGCCAGGACAAACAGCCAAACCAAGAACAAACAAACAGCAGCUGCUCUCCAGUAAGAGACAUUAAAAGAGAUUCUCUGCCAAAAGAACCAGAGUGCAGCGAGGCUGAAGAGGCAGAGUCAGCUCUGGAGGUCAUCACUCACCCUGAUGGGAAGAUAGAGAAGGUUCUGGCUGGUGGCGAUCGCCUUAUCGUCUUCCCCAACGGGACCAGGAAGGAGGUUUCAGCAGACGGACUUACAGUCAAGGUGACCUUCUUCAACGGAGACACCAAACAGGUCACAGCCGACCAGAGAGUGAUCUACUACUACUCUGGCGCCCAGACUACACACAUCACCUACCCUGAUGGCAUGGAGGUCCUGCACUUCCCCAACAACCAGACCGAAAAGCAUUUCCCAGAUGGCCGUAAAGAAAUCACCUUCCCCGACCAGACAGUCAAAAACCUGUUCCCAAACGGCAGAGAGGAGAGCGUGCUGACAGACGGGACCAUCAUACAGGUCAACCCGGACGGCACCAAGGAGAUCCAUUUCAACACAGGCCAGAAGGAGAUCCACACGGCCGACUACAAGAGGAGGGAGUAUCCAGAUGGCACCGUGAAGACGGUCUACACCGAUGGCAGGCAGGAAACCCGCUACCCCACCGGGCGGCUCAGGAUCAAAGACAAAGACGGCAACGUCAUCCUGGACAACAAGGUGUAGAAACACUGCGUCUAAAAGCAAACUCUAACGAGUCUCCCACGAAUCAGAGACUUUUUGAAUCUUGCUUCCCUCUACACGGAGAGGUCAGAUGUCAGCUGGUUGGGAUUUAGAGCUUUUCUAUUUCAGCUCACUUCAUAAAGGAAAAAGCUACCCGCAGUAGCUUCAGUUGUAUGUAGCAGACAGACAUGAGAGUGCUAUCAGUUUCCCAAAAUAUCUUUUAAUAAUUUAACAUGCUGUCAAAAGGCAAAGCUACAGGUGAACGUCUGCAGCACAUGAGUUUGAGGAAGUCGUAAGCAUCAUUAGAAAUAUUUUAAUUCUUUUUUAAAACUUUAAAGUGAGAAAGACUCCUGGUUUUAUGGCAACACACACGUAUGGGUUGAUGCCCGUAUACACCACUGUCCUUAAAGGCAACACUUCAGAGAAGCAGCUGGUUUUUUAUUUAUUUUUUUGUGCAGAUCUCAGCUGCCCUACCUUCACUACGUCUGUCUCUAUGUAGCAUCCGAUGUGUGUUACCCUUUAAGACAAAAUCCUCUGUCUUGAGGUUUUCUCAUGAACAACAUUCAGCGUUCAUCAUUGACGUGUUGAAUGCAUUUCCUUCUUCAGAAAACAUUUGCAGAAUUGAUUUUGGAAGUAUUUUAAACUCUGCAUUGUUUACAUGUUUUCAAGCUUGCAGACUUUUUCACUUUUUGUUGGCUCAUUGUUACGUUUCUUUGAGCUUUUCCACCCAGAAAAAAUGGCUGUGGUAAAUGUUAUACAAGGAUGGAAAAGCAUGUGACUUAUUUGUUGGACCUCAACGAUACAGAUAAGUUUUGCAAACAGAAACUCCACAGAUCGCCUUGUUUCAGUGAUAAGAGGAAAGAGAUUUGACUGAAUUCUUGCAGUGAAAUCCCUCCUUUAGCCGUGAAAGACAGUGUUUUGUUUGUAUCAGGAUAUUUUUGGCUUAUGAUUUACCACCAAACGUCAUUCAGCCUUGUGAAUCUGAAUAUUUUAACAGUAACUCAGACUGAGAAAUACUUGCAUCGACUCAUUGUUUACAUGUCCAGGUUUGUGGAUAAUGAAAUGUAGCCUGUCACAGCAGAUUGAAACAGAGCUCCUUCAGUGUGGUGUGAAGUGUUUGUUUCCAGUCAUUUUAAUUUGUAAAAAUGUUAAAUACAUAUUUAUUUUCUUAGUUGACUGUAUAUUUUUUGUAAAAUAAAUUUUAUGUUUUCGUUUUGUUAAUUGCUGUGGAGAUAUAACUGUAAAGGCAUUCUUCUGGUCUGGACAUUUUACUGAAAGGAGUAUUUAUUUCCAAAGAAAACACUGCAGGAACUCAGGCAACAAUGCAAGACUUUAAUCUGAACCCUACAAACAAGUUUCGUCCAACGUGACUGAAAUGACUCGAAAACAAAGUGCAGAGUUGACACGGCUCACUCAAACACAACUGUUAAAUAAACUUU